AUGACCCUCUCGCUUACAUUUGGUGCUCGGUUGCAUUUGCGGGAGGAUAACGCCUUGCAUCUGAACAAGGGCAUAUCGAAGACGUCCUCCCUCUCAAAGCCGAUAACAGUGGUGUUCUCAGAGCUUCUUAUAACUGAACGUAAAAUAGGAAUCUGGAAUUUCUGGAACAAGCUUCGGCCAUUACGUAAUGCUUUUAUCUUGGCAGAAUGCGUCGCCAAGCGGGAAUGGAGGGCGUCCUGGGACUGGUCCGACACAUCUAUCAGCGUCUGGGUCCCUGAGGACUCUACUGAAUCGCUGAACAUCAGACUGGGCCUCAACGAGCUACACCACGCUGACAUAACCUUCACACGUUCAUCUAUCGUCGCUUCUACCACCAAAGACCUCGCCACAGACGAAUGGGGAAGGAGUGAAAACUGCACACUCGAGGAAGGCUGGCGGAGGGUGAGACUUAGCCUGAAGACUAACUAUGAGCUGCACUUGGGCGACUGCAACGGCACCUCUCCCAUUUCCUUCCCCGGAGACCUUCUGCCGGAAUUCCCGAAGUGGGUUGAAGUGACGGGCAGCAACAUCACCGUCAAUUGCGAAAUGGAUUUACUGGCUUGGAGAGUGUCUCGAACAGCCGUGGCAGUUCCCCUCGACCUUUCGGAAUGGCACCGAUUCAGCCUCUAUUCUGUCCACGAAUUCUCGCCGAGGUUCGUACUGGAGAACCACAGGAUCGAUCUGGGCAUUGGCAAUAGUGGUUUGUCGACAUUGGACCUCAAGCAUAAACUUCCGGCAUUCGUCCAGCACAAUCUUUCUCUGGCGUGUGCACGAAAUGCAAAUUUUUCUUCGUGUGAAUUCACGGUUAGUGCAGUGAUUUCUCUGUCCAAUUGGAACUACUUACGUUCAUGCCCAGUAGUUCAUGCUAAGGCGAUGCAGCAAUACUGAUUACUUUUGGGGAAA